AAACGCUCACGUAACUGUUGCUGUGAACGGCCGUCUGCACGAACAUGAGGAGAGGAAAUAACUGAAACAAACUGCGUGGAUUGGCAGUAGGCAGUAACUGAAGAUGAGGAGGCGCUGGUGGCGAUCGGACUGUCUGGUGUUGGCGAUUGGCUUGUUUGUUAUCAUCACCCAAAUCUUGGCUCAAAACACUGAGGACUGGCACUAUGAGGAGUGUAAGUUGUCACGGUCGGGUCCACCUGCCACAAUCGUCACCAUUGAUGAGGAAAGUCCAAAUGGUACCGUUCUUGUGGAAAACAUGCAGAUCAACGGUCGGGCUCAGGAUCCAGAUAGAACCAUCUCCUUGACGCUGCUGGACAACUAUGAUUACUGGGUUAUCCUUGACCCUGCACUGCAGAGACUGUAUCUCAACAGCACCGGACGAGUGUUGGACCGAGACCCGCCCAGUUACAUCACCACCAUCGUGGUUCAGGUUCAGUGCACCAAUGAGCUGGUGGGAACAGUUAUUCUGCACGAAGUACGGAUAGUGGUGAGGGACAGAAAUGACAACACGCCUCGUUUCCAGCAGCCUCGUUACUAUGUAUCAGUUAAUGAGCUCACUCCUGUCGGUACCACCAUCUUCACUGGCUUCUCAGGAAACAAUGGAGCCACGGACAUCGAUGACGGACCAAACGGACAGAUCGAAUACGCCAUUCAGUACAACCCAAAUGACCCGAUGUCAAACAGGACCGUGCGUGUUUCUGGGACGCUGUCUGGUAAUAUUGUUUUGGCAGAGCGGCUGAACUAUGAGGAGAGAACUCGCUAUCUAAUUAUAGUCCAGGCCAAUGACCGGGCUCCGUAUCCGGGAACUCGUCGCACAGCAACCACUACUCUAACUCUGGAUGUCUCGGAUGGAGAUGAUCUGGGUCCUAUGUUCCUCCCGUGUGUUCUGGUCAACAACACACAGGACUGUAACCCCAUCACAUACCGUGUGGCUAUUCCUGAGCUCACUGACCCGAGCAAACUGAACCCUCUGAAUGUGACACCUCCCAUUCGAUCCAUCGACCAGGACAGAAACAUCCAGCCACCCUCAGACAGACCGGGAAUCAUGUACUUCAUACUGGUUGGUCAACCUGCUACGUACCUAGAAUUAUUUUCGCUCAACAGGAGCACAGCUGAGCUGCGGCUGCUGAAGCCUGUGGACAGAGAGCUGUACCAGCGCUUCAAUCUCGUUAUUAAGGCCGAGCAGGAUAACGGUCACCCUCUUCCUGCAUACGCUGACCUGCAGAUUGAAAUUCUGGAUGAGAACAACCAGGCGCCAUAUUUCCAGCGUUCCUCGUACCAGGGCUUCAUCAGUGAGUCUGCCUCAGUUGGCACCACCAUCUCAGGGAGCUCCAACCUCACGGCCCCGCUGGGCAUCAUCGCACUGGACAAUGACAUAGAAGAGACAAAAGAUCCUCAGUUGAAGAUCACUCUGAAUGACUACACCUCCAUCUUCUCCAUCACAUCUACCGGCAUCACACGCUACCUUACUCUACUGAAACCAGUGGACCGAGAGAUACAGACCAACUACACCUUAACGCUGGUGGCAUCUGAUGGCGUUCAACAGAGCAGACCCUUGACGGUGGACAUCCUGGUCAUCGAUGCGAAUGACAACACACCCACUUUCGGUCAGGUGUCCUACAGUGUGGAGAUCUUCACUAACAUGCUGCCCGGAGAGACUGUCCUGCAGCUGACGGCUCAGGACGCUGACGCUGGUUUAAACGGCCUCAUCACAUACGCCAUCCUGGCUGGAGAUCAAGAUGAUUUCAUCAUCAACAACCGCACAGGACGAAUCACGUUAGCACCAGGGGUCACACUGACCGUCGGCCGUUCCUACGCACUGACCGUGAGAGCGUCAGACAACGCUCCUGACACAGAGAGGAGGAGCUCCAUAACUACAGUCUACAUAGAGGUUCUGCCACCUAACAAUCAGAGUCCACCACGAUUCCCCCUGCAGACCUACAACCUGGAGAUCAGCGAGGCCAUGAGGAUAGGAGCCAUACUGCUGAAUCUGCAGGCUACAGACCGUGAGCUGGAUCCUAUCACCUACCAGAUACAAAGCGGUGACCCGCAGCAGGUCUUCAACCUUUCACGAACUAUAGGUCUUCUGCUGCUGGCCAAUCCUCUGGACAGAGAGACUAUUGACCAGUAUCGCCUCAUCGUCACGGCAUCUGACGGCCACCCAGGAGGGAUUUCCACGGCCACUGUCAGCAUUGUCAUCACAGACGUUAAUGACAACGAUCCCAGCUUCGACCUCACUCUACUCAGAAACCUGACCGUGAGGGAGGAAGAGGCCAAUGUAUUCGUGGGUCAAGUCAGGGCGGAGGAUGCCGAUCUCGUCUCUAACGUGACCUACAGAAUAAAAACAGAAGCGGCUCAGCAGCUCUUCGCCGUGAACCGUCUGACCGGCGCCGUAUCAGUCCUGCAGGUGUUAGACUUUGAGGACUUGCCAGCAGGCAACAGCACCUACACGUUUGAAGUGGAGGCGUUAGAUCACGGAGGAGUCCUUCCUCCUGGAACGGCCACAGUCAUCAUUAGAAUCACGGAUGUGAAUGACUUCUCCCCGGUCUUCAGACAGGCACUCUAUAAAGGGCUGGUGGCUCCAAAUGCAGAGAAAGGGACUGUCAUCACAACUGUGCUUGCAGAAGAUCAGGACCCUCCAGGUAUGCCUGCCAGUAAAGUGCGCUACAGAGUGGAUCAGGAUCUGUCUCCGUACAGCGGAAGUAUCUUUGAUGUGGAGACGGACACAGGACGAGUUAUCACCAAAGUCAACCUGAACGAGCAGCCCAAUGCCGUCUUCAGGCUGGUGGUGAUUGCCUAUGACGAUGGAGAGCCGGUGAAGACGAACAGAACUACAGUGGAAAUCACUGUGCUUCAGCCCUCCAGGAUUCCCAUCUUCACCGAGGAAGAGUACAGGUUUAGUCCGGUGAGUGAGAGCGCUCCUGUCGGGACGCCUGUGGGAAUGAUUCUGGCCGCAGCCGUCAACACCACUGUCUUUUACUCCAUAGUGAGCGGAAAUGAAGGAGGUGAGUUCAUGGUCAAUAACCGCACUGGGAUCAUCUACACAAAUAAACUUCUGGACUACGAGAGCGUGACCAGUUAUGUGCUCCGCGUGCAGGCCGACUCCCUCGCUAUCAUCCUCGCCAGUCUACGGGCUCCCUCCAAAACGAACACGGCGAAGGUAUUUAUCGACGUGCAGGAUGAGAAUGAUCAUCCUCCGGUCUUCACAAGGUCUCUUUAUAUCGGAGGAGUGACUGAAGACACUAAGACCUUCACCACAGUACUGAAAGUUGUGGCUACAGAUAUCGACACGGGAAACUACAGUAAGAUGGCCUACAGACUGAUCAUCCCCCCCACACCCGAGGGGCAGGACAGUUUCGUCAUUGAGCCGUACACUGGCGUCAUCAAGAGUGCCAUCAUGUUCAGAAACAUGCGCCGGUCCUACUUCAAGUUUGAGGUCAUCGCCACAGACAACUAUGGGGAGGGAUUGAGCGGCAGGGCUGAUGUGGUGGUGUCCGUUGUCAAUGCCUUGGACAUGCAGGUUGUGGUCUCUAAUGUGCCGCCCACUGUGGUGGAGGAGAAUAAAGAGCAGCUGAUUAGUAUUUUGGAGCGCUACGUGCAAGAUCAGAUCCCUGGUGCUAAAGUGAUAGUGGAAUCGAUUGGCCCUCGGCGGCAUGGAGAAGGUUAUGAACUUGAGGACUACACCAAAUCAGACCUGCAGGUGUACGCCAUCGAUCCUCUCACCAACAGAGCCAUCUCCAGACAAGAGCUCUUCAAGUUUCUGGACGGCAAGAUUCUGGACAUCAAUAAAGAGUUCCAGCCGUACCUGGGCGAGGGCGGGCGAAUUCUGGAGAUCCGUUCUCCUGACAUCGUGGCGAGUGUGAAGAAGGCUGCGCAGGCGGUGGGCUACACAGAGGGGGCUCUGCUGGCGCUGGCCAUCAUCAUCAUUCUGUGCUGCAUCCCUGCUAUUCUCAUCGUCAUGGUGACGUACAAACAAUUCAAAGAGAGGCAGGCCGAGUGUGCCAAAACCGCCCGUAUCCAGAUGGCUCUUCCUGCUGGAAAAUCGACAGGAGGUGGCGCUCCGACCAAUCUCUACGAGGAGCUGGGAGACGGCGGCAUCAGGCGUGGCUUUGGCAGAGAGCAGCAGCAGCUGUUGAGACCCUCUCUGCUCCGGCCUGAGGCUCUCUCCAUGGAAUCUGGUAUCGACCCUGGACAGGAUUACUAUAACCAAGACUACUAUAGCUAUGAUCAAGGGUAUGAUCCCUAUCCACCCUACGGCAGCCGCAGGAGGCUGAUUACACCUAUGUAUGAUGAGUAUGGAGAGGCCAUCAUGGAAGAUGAAGGAUAUUACUAUGGUGGACCAGAGGCUGGCAAAAAGAAGCGAAUUAAACUGGUGUUGGACCGAGAGCAUGACACGACUUCAACAGGAGAAGACAGUGGACAGGAGGUCCAGCGCAAUCGCAUACCCAACAUCAGCAGCCACAGUAACAUCAACGGAUCGGUAUACCUUGCCCAAAACGGUACCAUCAUCCGAACACGAAGGCCCCCUUACCCCAACAACUUAAAACUGUGCUCACCAACACGAUUAGGUAAACAGUUUAAAAAACUGGACAAGCUAGGUGUCACACAUGAAGAGCAUUUACCUUUAAAUGGAACAGAAGACAAUGGGCCUACUAUCAGCACCACCACUGCCCAUUCCUAUGUUACUGAUCACAACCUUAACUCCAAAGAGUGCAGUGUAAUGGGCCCUAACAGCAUAGGGCCCAAAUCCAACAUCGAUAAAGCCCGUUUGGAGCUGGAUAAGGGGUGCUGUGAGCAGGAGUCCUCAGUGGACAAUGGGGAGAUUAAAGAGUCGGUAGAGUCUCCAUGUGAGCAAACAUUGUCUGAUGAAGAGGAGCUCUGGAUGGGUCCCUGGAACAACUUACACAUACCAAUGACAAAACUCUGAUUUCUAGUUUUGCUAAUGCUGAUGGUACUGUUUCUAUUUAGUUUCCUUUCUAGUCUUUUCUAUGUUUUAUUUGGGUUCUAUAAAGAGUUUAUCUCGAUUCUGUUGUACACACAUCAGACACCGACUAAGAAAUGUGAUUCUCUUAUAAAGAAUUCAUGCAGAUGACUAUAUUUCACUUCUUAUUGUAGUGUCAGAUAAAUUGUUGUGGAAGACAGGGCUAUUCUGUACGAAUUUCUUUGCCUCAAGUCAACCGUUUCCAAGAUGUAUAAAACUGUAUAAUUAAAGAUAUUAGUUGUUAUCAGAUAUGAUUUCACAAACAGAUAAUACAAAAAAAAUGUAGCCGAAUCAAACCGUUUAGAAAGUGUGUCCAUUACAGCUUUGACUGAAGAGUAUUUUUUAAUAAAUUAAUCAACCGAUGGUUGUUCGAAAACUCCCUAAAAAUCAGUAUAACCGGUGAAGGCUGCUACACUCAAUUAUUCCUCACGUUUUUUAAUGGAUGUAUUUUUUACAUUGAGAAUAUAUAUGGUUGUAA